GUCAUCUUUUACUACACGGCUUUAUUAUAAACUCAUUUAUAUACACAUCAUCAUGAAAUAUCUAAGCACUAUAACGAGUUGGUUUCAAAGAACAAAAGGACAUCACUCACAAAAUGAAUCAAUGCUCAAGGGACGAUUUAAUGAUUUGCCAGAUGAAGUGAUCGUUAUAAUUCUAUCAGACCCUGUACUAGACCUGGAAACUCUUUAUAAUAUGAUGAAGAUUUCUCAGAGGAUAUUUCAUCUAGUUCACCAUGUAUUUGUAAAGUACAGGCUUCCAGCCCUCGACGUGGUCGUAUGCAUAGAUCAAGAAGGACGCAAUCGCUCAACAACCCAAUUUGGAAUCCAGGAUUUUAACUUGGAUAAACACUGCAUCACCUUUACCCCAUGUACGCCGACGAGUAGAAGAUACUACGCAGACAAGCAAGCACCUGCCAUGCGUUUUACAAUGAUAACGGAUGGUUAUUACACACCUACAGAUACAAAUCUGACAAGCAAACGUGAUAAUGCAGUCAUAAAUAGAAACCAUGCUGAAUGUACCGAAGAAAGGAUGAUGUAUUGUAAGGUUAAAAUGGAAUCACAAAGUCAGAGAUUACGCAAGAUCAAUAAACAAGGUCAUCAUUAUAUCAACCGAACAAGUUCUCUUCAGAGAUCGACACGGUGGGAAUUUGGAUAUCAAAUAAGCCAUGUAGUUCAUAAGGAAUACUAUCUCCUACCUCUGUAUUUGGAAAUUCAUCUUGAUUUUUUAAUUCAAUUGUUCAAAAUGAGGGGCGAAUGAAUUCAAUAAAAAAUAACAUGUCCAAGGUUGC